CAACAGUCAAAUGUGAUUUGUUGAUAAUUUUGAUCUGGUGCGCCGACAAAAUUUUACGAACAUGAAGUUUGACAAGAGCUUUCGGAAUGUCCUUCAUCUCGGGCUUACGUUCAUGCUCAUAUUCACCGCGUUUCAGACAAUGGGAAAUAUUCAGAAAAAUAUUUUGGAUAGCGUACACAAAGAAGAUCCCGACUUCAAUGGCGACGGUUAUACCAGCUUGUCCAUUAUCUAUGCAGUAUUUUCUAUUUGUAAUUGGUUAGCGCCUUCGUUCAUUAAUUUAACUGGACCCCGAUUUGCCAUAUUUUACGGUGCUGUGACAUACUUACUAUUUAUCAUGUCCUUUUUGAUGCCGAAGGAUUGGCUUUUAUACUUAAUGAGUGUUGUAAUCGGUACCGGUGCAGCUUUUAUUUGGACGGGACAGGGUAACUAUCUUACUUUAAAUUCUACUAGGGCCACAAUGUCAAGAAAUUCUGGUAUAUUUUGGGCCAUGUUACAGCUCAGCAUGUUUAUUGGCAACGUGUUUGUGUUCUUUAAGUUCAAAGGCAAAGAUGAAAUCGAAAAGUCAACGAGAACGUUUGUGAUUUGGACCCUGUCGGCAAUUUCGUUGGUUGGUCUGGUCGUUGGGAUUUUGUUGCGCAAACCUCCACGAACAGAUGAGGAUGACUUACCAGAAGAGGAAGUUAUGGGUGGCCCGAUUGAUACUUUGAAGAAAGCUAUAAAAUUAUUUUUCACCAAAAACAUGCUCUUGCUGAGCAUCACGUUUUGCUAUACAGGUUUAGAAUUGGGAUUCUUUAGUGGUGUUUACAGUUCCUGUCUAGGUUUUACCAAACAAUUCGACAACAGAAAAGAACUGAUUGGCCUGUCCGGUAUAUUCAUUGGACUAGGCGAAGUGCUUGGUGGAGCGUUCUUCGGAAUCUUAGGUGCUAAAACCGUCAAAUGGGGUAGAGAUCCAAUAGUGAUCGCGGGAUUCCUCUUACACAUCGUCGGAUUCUUUUUAAUAUUUUUGAAUAUACCAAAUAACUCACCAUUCGGUGAUACUGAUGAAAGUGCCUUCAUCACCAGUAUUCCAGCUCUUGCCUUAUUCUGUUCCUUCCUGUUGGGGUUAGGAGAUGCUUGUUACAACACCCAAAUCUACUCAAUUUUGGGAAGCGUCUACGCCUCGAACAGUGCAGCUGGAUUUGCGAUAUUCAAGUUCACACAAUCUGUAGCUGCAGCCAUAUGUUUCGGAUAUGCUUCUUUAGUCCCAUUGUAUGGACAGCUAGGAGUUUUGGGGGUGCUGGCGAUUUUGGGUACUGCUAGUUUUGUCUACGUAGAAUGGACAAUAAAGAGAGAAGCGAACCUACAAGAAGCUCCUAGUAAUGAAAGACUAAAUAAAAAAUAGAGACAAAUAUUUUAUAAAUUUAUGUUAAAUUUUUAAAAAGGGAGAUUGCAAUAUCGUUUAAAUAUUUUAGAAUGAUUUGAUUUGUUUUUGUUCAAAUAUAUUUGAUUUUUUUGAGAGAUUUAUUAUUGUUGAUAAGCAUACUUAAUAUAGUCAAUAAUAAGUGUAAUUAAUAUAUUAAUAUCUUACAACAAUUGUAAAUUUUUCUUUAUUUAUAAUUUUAUAUGGACAAUUGCUAAAAGAAUAUUGUUAUCUUUAUGAUUAGGUAAUUAAAAUUUUGUAUCUUUGUAAUUAGUAGUUUUUUAUAAAAUUGUAUAAAGUGUACAUAAAACUAGACUGAUCUUUUAUAUGUAAUAACAUUUCAUAAUUAGAAGUAUUUUCAUAAAGAACUUUUAUUGUACAAUCAUUUGAAACAUUAUGUAUUAAGACAAUUGGACGCAUAUAUCUGUGAUAUGUGACAUUUGGUUGUGGUAUUUUUAUAAAAAAAUAAACUGCAUUAA